AUGUCGGGACAGCAAGACUCUGUUACCAGGGACGCGAGCUUUGACUCUCAGGAGAAGAGACUGCUAGAAGAGGCUUCAAACGAGGAGGGAAGAUCCUUCAGAACAAGGAUGUACAAGUCCCGCACGCCGCACGAGCUAACGGCACAGAGUUACAAGCACUGCAAGCGAUGCAAGGGGAAGUGCUCGGGGCAUGAGGAGGAUGGUUCUCCUCCUGCUACUGACACAACGAAAGUCCCCUCGUCGUCACUACCCGCUGAGGGAGGAGGGACUUGCGAGGUGCUCAGGAAGGGGCAGACGUGCUACUACAAGGACGCAGUGGGGGGGAUGUACGAGGUGAAGGUGGUCAACGUUGAUCACAGCUUGGUUCCUCCGUCAUACCUCGUCCGGUUCCAGGACGGGAGGGAGAGGGAGACCGAAAGGUUCAAGCUGCUCGCGAAGGAUGAGGCUGGGAGAGCGAGCGAGGGAAGGAGGGAGGAGGAGAUGGCGAGGAGGGAGGAGUCGAGGCAGAGGAGGGAGGAGGUACAGGAGAGAAGAGAGCAGCACAAGGCCGCCGGGACGUACAAGCAGCAAGACAAGGACAACUUAGAAUCGAUAGUCAACGGGCUAACUGCGUUCCCCAUGGGACUUAUCUCCGAGCUCAAACACCAAGUCGACAAGAUGCGACUGUUUGAUCCCUGA